UGCAGCCCAUGGUGAAAAGGGGAAUGAAAGGAUCCGGAAUAAUCCAGCAUCAGGAGUUAGAGGGCCUGAAGAAAAGAAAAAAACAGGUGCCUCGGACCACGGUCCAGAAUAAUGGACCAAAAGAGGUGAGCUCUGUCCGGAUCAAACUGAACCAUGGUUCGGCUCGUUAGCAGUGUGGGAAACUAUUUCCUUUUCUUUUUAUUUUGAAUGGCUCGGACUUUCGGACCGAUUACAGGAAGUUGUUGAGGCAGCUAGCAACCACAGAAGAAGAAGGACGAUCUUCGGCGACCAUGUAGACGUUCAUUUGGCGAAUUCGUCUCGAGUACAUGGGCUUGUGGUCGGUGCCGGAGUUGUUGUUGUUGCUGCUGGUGGUAAUAUCAUAAUCACGCGAUGGCAAUCUGUUCGUUCGCCUUCUCCGUCCAUUCAAACCGGAAAAGGCUUCCCGCCGACUUGACAACACACCCACGUCAGAACGCACGCACGUGACACGUCUGCGAACCAAUCAAAGUCGGGAAACGCGGCCGACGUAGGCGAGAACGACUAUCAAGUGUGAAAACCCUCUCAGGUGUUCACGGCCCUCAGACUGCUGGGUCACCUCUGUCCCAUGUUAAUUGAGAAGACCAAGGUCAAGAGGAGAAUCGCUGUGUGCUGGGACUUUGAGACCAGAGAUAUGCUUACAGGGCACAUUGCAUAUUUUCUUCCACUUCAUGCCUCUCCGUCAUGCCAAGACACGCUAAGUGUCGGCCAUCCGUCUUCAUACAGAGGGAGGCGACAGACCUCCAACUCUCGACAACGCUGUGAGAUGUAACGAGCAUCACUCAAAAGCAGAACAAUACCCAAACUCGCGUAAAGCCACUUACCAUGCAGGAGGCCUCAGCAUGUGCCAGUGAUGUCCUAGUUUUGUGAUAUCUAUUGAGUUGGUGGCUCCAGACUCUUCGGGCUUAAAAUAAUCCUGCAGCGUGUACAUCGACAAUUCCCAACUGAUACUACAAGAUGAAAUGCAUAGAAAGCCAUCCACACUUCUGAGAAGUAAAUACUUUUACUCAUGUACAAUACAUAAUUACAAUAACAUUCUCUGCUGCAAUCAUGUGAUGUGCAUAAUAGUGCAUCAGUCAAAUCCUGUAGUUUACACAAUGAUUUUGAAAUGGUCCAUUUUGCAUGAUGUGUACUUUUGGGUACGUGUGAUGUUAAUUCUUUUGCAAUUAAGUAAAAUACAACAAAGCACUGUGUAUUUUUUUUUUCUACACAGGUAUUUUUCACUUCUUCCUCUCUCCACUUAUUGAUAAAGACUUUUUAGAAUUGCAUUUUAUAAUAAAAGUUAUUUGCCAAGUGUGAGCAAUAAGACCCAUUUAUCAAGUGACUUCAGCCUUACUUACAGCCAAGUGUAAAAAAUAACAGCAACCCUAAAAUGAUCACAUGAUGGAUUAUUUAUUUUCUCUGAGAAAUAAUAGUUAAUCAGAGGUAUAGACUGACCCAAAUUUUCUGCUGCAAGACAUUUUGCUGUCUGUAGACAAGGUACCUGGGGGAAAAUUAUACUAUAAGGAGAAUUUAGAUCCACACCGACAAGAGCGGACAGUGAAGAUGCUCAGACAGUGAUUGCAAAUACAUUUCUUCUCUACCUUCAUAUUAUGUUUUAAAAAAGUCACAGUGAUUCCUCUUGACCUCGGAUUGAUUCCCCUGCAAAAAUAGAUCAUUGCUCUGCACUUAAACCGAGGGGUGUGUCAAAAUAUGUCCACAACAAGCAUACGUGGCUGCAUGUCUGCAUUGGCGACAAACAGACAAACAAAAGGCUCCGUUAGUGCUGUAGGUGUCAGUGAGUCAUGGCGAUCUUUAACCACUUGUUGCUUGUGUCGUCUCUGGUGCCGCUGGUGCUGAGCUACCCUUUCUUCCCGCCGACAUGCUACACCAAGGUGCUGAGCAUGGCACGGGAUCUCACCCAGUGGGCGGCAGAUUUGAAGAGGGACCCUGAAACUACUUUCUGCAUGGCACACAUGCCAGAACUCUACCUUGACGUCCAUAAUGGUUGUGUGAUGUACAAAAUGAGGACCUACAUCUCCCUGGUGGAAGGCCUGCGAGAGCGCCGCUGCGCGUACACCAGAGACGUGUGGAAGCUGGUGGUCACUCUGAGACAGCUCUUCAUCUUCAUGUCGGAGAAAUGUCACGGGGACUGUUCACGAUCUUUGACUGUGCUGCACUGGAGGGCUAACAUUCCAGAUCCUGAAAUCAUCUGCUCGGACAGAAAUAAGAGACCGCAAUAGACCUUAUGUCCUUAUCCUAAUGUCUGAAAUAAAUGAAUAACACAAGUUUAAA